GGACACUCACUGCAUGCCUCGGUGACGGUUCCAUGCGCAUGGGAGGAUAAAUUUCCUUUACGUACCGGAUUUUCGGCGGGGUCAUAUAUCCCCUCGCAUUGAUUGACAUCGACCUCGUACACCCACCUUUUCAAGGCUGUCAAGAUGUUCCACUCCCAUAAGCCAUACUCGGCCGUGACGGUCCAGAUCGAGGUCCUCACCAGCGAACAAUAUGAGGUGGAAGACUCCAGUGGAAUCCCCGAUCUCAUCGAGGCGGUUCGUAUACAAGCGAGUGGUCCUACGGAAGCGAGUCGCGCUCUGCGCAAGAAGCUCAAGUACGGCAACCUUCACCGUCAAUUAAGAGCCCUUACGAUCUUGGACUUUCUGAUCCAAAACACCGGUGAUCGAUUCCUGCGCGAAUUUGCAGACGAACCAUUACUCGAACGACUCCGAAUCGCUGCCACCGAUUCGGUAUCCGAUCCGCUCGUCAAGCAGAAGUGCAAGCAGCUGUUUGGACAAUGGGCAUCCUCAUACAAGAACACCCCCGGCAUGGAGCGGGUGACGGCUCUCUACCGACAACUCCCAAAGCGCAAGCAACCAGCCACUCAGGCGAAGGCCAAGGUGCUGCGUGAUUCAGGUACCUCCGACGAGCCUGCGAUGGGCCAUACGGUGUCUGUGUCCGCUGGAAACGGCCCUUCAACGGUUCUCAGCGGCGGCUCCAAACACAAGCACACAUCCAGCAAAUCCUCUCUAUCCUCUUUCCGGAAAGACAAGAAGGAAAAGAAGACCCUGAGCCGGUCUUUCAACCUCGACAAAGAGAAGCCCGAAAUCCUGCAGACUCUCGCCUCGUCCUCCGUCGCCAGCACGAACCUCCUGAACGCACUGAAACUGGUCAACCGCGAAACGCACCGUGUGAGCGAAGACGCAGAAGUGCUGAGCCGGUUCGAAGCAUGCAAGACGCUACGGCGCCAGAUCCUCCGGUACAUCCAGCACGUGGAGAGCGAGGAGUUCCUGGGCAGUCUGAUCCACGCCAACGAGGAGCUGGUCACGUCAUUGAUGGCUUUCGAGGUCCUGGAUAAGAGCGUGGACUACGACAGUGAUAGCGACCAGGACGUCCUGGAAACUGGCUGGACCCCGGACCGCGACGAUCUCCCGGAAUCCUUCGCCGGACUGGUCAUGAACCCCCCGAAGCCCCCGCGGCCCCCGCGCCCCUUGAGCAUAUCCGUGCCGUCAUCUUCCACACCAAGACGCGUCUACGACAGCGAGUCAGACACGGAAGAAGAAGAAGACGACGAGAACAACCCGUUUGGCGACCGCAACGCCAUCCGCACCCCUGGCAUCGAAAGACACGAACCUACCUGGAAAGAAGUCUAAACCGGCGAAUCCGAACCAGUUCACUAAAUCCCAUUACUACCAACCACAGAAUGUCCCUUCCCACCACACAAGUUACCUACCUAUCUACCUACCUACCCACCUACCCCCCACCCAUCCAAUGAACCAAUACUUAAACAACCCACCCCUUCGCGUCUACACGAGAAGACAAGAUUUAUUAAAUAUCCGCAAGGACGGCUUCAAGUUUUUCAUUUCCAUUUCAGACUCUAUU